GUAUAUUAUUUUUAUAUAGUUUUUAAACAUUAAAUAGUCGCCAUUGACAACAAAAUGACAACAUUACGACCAUUUAAUUGUGAUGAUUUAUUUAAAUUCAAUAAUGUAAAUUUAGAUACACUUACAGAGACUUAUGCAAUACCAUUUUAUAUGCAAUAUCUUGCACAUUGGCCAGAAUAUUUUCAAGUUGCUGAAUCUCCUACUGGAGAGAUUAUGGGUUAUAUUAUGGGAAAAUCUGAAGGACAGCCAGAUAGUUGGCAUGGUCAUGUAACUGCAUUAACUGUUGCCCCAGAAUACAGAAGAUUAGGUGUUGCUGGUGUAUUAAUGAACUGGCUAGAAGAAAUUUCGGAAAAAAAAGAUGCAUGGUUUGUUGAUCUAUAUGUGCGUGUUAGCAAUACAGUUGCUAUUUCAAUGUAUAAGAGCUUAGGAUAUACAGUGUAUCGUACCGUAUUAGAAUAUUAUUCCGGAGAUCCUGAUGAAGAUGCAUAUGAUAUGAGAAAAGCACUUUCUAGAGAUGUUGAGAAAAAAUCAAUUAUACCACUAGAACAUCCAGUAAGAUUAGAUGACUGUGAUUAAAUUAUUGCAUACUCAUGAUGGUUAAUUUGACAUUUGUAACAAAACAAUAAUUUUUUUGUUAUUUUGAAAUAAAAUUG